GGACAUUGUUCUUAUGUAAAGUCAUCUGGGCCAUUUAAUGGGCGUCCGGCUCGUGGUUCUCCUCCUGCGCUGAAGAGCUGUGAUUACUUUGGCUGUGUUUCGUAAACCUGCUGUUGGCUUCCCAGUGUAUACUACGAGGAUUAUAACGAGGGUUUAACAGUAUAAACACGGUACGGAAGAUCUACACGAGUGUCAAUGGGGCGCCUGUAGCUCCGCGACUCCUCGAGUUCCUUUCAGCGCGUGUUUUGACUCUUUUCUGUAUAAACGUUUCUAUUGGCAGGAAUAAAUGAUCACCUCAACAAGACGAGUCUCUGCAGACAAACCUGAAGUACAAAUCGCAUUCAGGCUCGACGAAACCUCAGAGUUGAAAGAUGCAGAAGAUCCCCUUCCAGCUUUUCCUCACCUUGAGCAACGGUUGCAGCCAGUCCUGCCAUGUCAGUCACUCAAGGAGUCUGUAGAUGUAUAUAAAGACCACUGCAAGAUGGCCAAUGAAUUUAACCAGGUCAAACAUGAGAUUGCCAGACUGGAGGACAAAAAGAAAGAACUUAUCGCAGAACUGUUAGAAGAUGAAAAGGCGUCGAUGGAGUAUGCACGGCUAGAGGAGGAAUACAGGAUACUUACGGAAGAGAAUCGGAAUCUGAUUUCGGUUCACAGCGAGCGUGCCAGACAGCUUGAGACUCUCAGAGUGAUCAGUCAAAAGAGGCAGGGCUCCUCGUGACCUCACUGGCUCCUACUACCACUGUACUUACAAACAUCUUUUUUCUGUGAUUAUAUAAUGAUGUGGAAAACUGAUCCUGAAUCAGUCUCAUUAGACUGAGGCACUUAAUGUAUGUAAUGUAUGUUAAAUGAGUAAUGUGGGGUUUUUAGCGGCAUCUUACGGUGACAAAGGACAAACAUGUAAUCGUCUGAGACAACGUAGGCACGAAACGCACUCGGUAGAUCAGUUUAGGUCUACAGGGGGCUACUGUAGAAACAUGACGUCGACUUCAUGUAAGGGGACCCGCGGUGUACUGUACUAUGUAGAUAAAAACGUCUCAUUCUAAGGUAAUAAAAACAAUACAGUUCAUUAUGUAAGGUCUUUAUACACCACUGAUAAUAUAGUUAUGUUUAUUGCAUCUCUGUGAGAUCAUUCUAAAAGUCCCACAUUGCACCUUUAAGCUAAUAAAUUGGUCAUUUACAGGACUGAUGGUCCAAACUUAUUAAGGGUCACCUUACUUGUAUUUGUCUGGCACAGUUUUCUAAAUAUAUACUGUACUACUUUUCUGUUUGUGUUUAAAGGGCGUGUUUGUUGACAAAUGUGCUUCACUGCCUAUUGUACAGUUGAAAUUGUGUCUGUGUUACAUCAUUCGAAAUGCUGUGCUGUGAAAAAGUAAAUGUUUCUCUUAGUAAAA